AUGUCUAAUUCAGCCACCGAUAAUUUGCAAGAUUCAUUCCAACGUGCUAUGAACUUUUCUGGUUCUCCAGGUGCGGUCUCGACCUCACCAACCCAGUCAUUCAUGAACACGCUACCUCGCCGUGUAAGCAUUACAAAGCAGCCAAAAGCUUUAAAACCUUUUUCUACUGGUGACAUGAAAAUUUUAUUGUUGGAAAAUGUCAAUCCAACUGCAAUCAAAAUCUUCAAGGACCAGGGUUAUCAAGUGGAAUUUCACAAGUCUUCCUUGCCUGAGGAUGAAUUGAUUGAAAAAAUCAAAGAUGUACACGCCAUUGGUAUCAGAUCAAAAACUAGAUUGACUGAAAAAAUACUACAACAUGCGAGGAACCUAGUUUGUAUUGGUUGUUUUUGCAUAGGUACCAAUCAAGUAGACUUGAAGUAUGCCGCCAGUAAAGGUAUUGCUGUUUUCAAUUCGCCUUUUUCCAAUUCAAGAUCUGUAGCAGAAUUGGUAAUUGCUGAGAUCAUUAGUUUAGCAAGGCAGUUAGGUGAUAGAUCCAUUGAACUGCAUACAGGUACAUGGAAUAAGGUCGCUUCUAGAUGUUGGGAGGUAAGAGGAAAAACUCUUGGCAUUAUCGGGUAUGGUCACAUUGGUUCACAAUUAUCAGUCCUUGCAGAGGCCAUGGGUUUACAUGUGCUAUAUUACGACAUUGUGACAAUCAUGGCUUUGGGUACUGCCAGACAAGUUUCUACACUGGAUGAAUUAUUGAAUAAAUCUGACUUUGUAACAUUACAUGUACCAGCCACUCCUGAGACCGAAAAAAUGUUAUCUGCCCCACAAUUUGCUGCUAUGAAGGACGGAGCUUAUGUCAUCAAUGCUUCAAGAGGUACUGUCGUAGAUAUUCCAUCUUUGAUCCAAGCCAUGAAAGCUAACAAAAUUGCAGGGGCCGCUUUGGAUGUUUAUCCACAUGAACCGGCUAAAAAUGGUGAAGGCUCUUUCAACGACGAUUUGAAUAGUUGGACUUCCGAAUUAGUGUCAUUACCAAAUAUUAUCUUAACACCCCACAUCGGUGGUUCUACUGAGGAAGCUCAAAGUGCUAUUGGUAUUGAAGUGGCAACGUCCCUAUCUAAGUACAUUAAUGAAGGUAACUCCGUGGGUUCUGUGAACUUCCCAGAAGUCAGCCUGAAGUCCUUGGACUACGAUCAAGAGAACACAGUACGUGUCUUGUAUAUUCAUCGUAACGUUCCUGGUGUUUUGAAGACAGUUAAUGAUAUCUUAUCCGAUCACAAUAUUGAAAAACAAUUUUCUGAUUCUCAUGGUGAGAUCGCUUAUCUAAUGGCAGACAUUUCUUCUGUUAAUCAAAGCGAAAUCAAGGAUAUAUAUGAAAAGUUGAACCAAACCUCUGCCAAAGUUUCUAUCAGGCUUUUAUACUGA